AAUUUGGAAUGCCCUGAUGAUUGCAAUAACCCUGAAAUACUCAUUAUUUAAAAGUCUUUUGUCCUGGUUAUCCUGUUGUUCCUCCUGCAGGGCUUCAUUCUGCCGGCUUACUGAGACCUGGCACGUCACGAUGACGUUCCUACCACGAGUUUCAGAUCCAGGAAGUCAAACACAAAGCGAGAGGCUGAAGUCACAACAACACUGAUGACAACAUUAAAAAAAAAAAAAAGAAGAAAUCGAAAUGGAUCAAGAUGCUGUUGUUUUUAAAGCCGGUAACUAACGAAGAAAAGCGAUGAAGAAACGGGGUGGUGUGUGUCUGCUUGUCGCUGUUUUCCUCGCCAGCUGCUGCGCCACAGCAGACGACUUGACGUAUGUCUCCGAGUUCUACUCCAAGGUGCCUCAGAAGCUCUCCAGGUACAGCUGGUAUGGGAACGUGCGACUCCUCCUCUUCAAAGUCCCGCAGGACAGCGUCUUCGUCCGGUUUCAAUUUACUGGCAGCCGGGACGCAGGAGCCACCUGCGCAAACACCACUGUAACAGUCCACAUUCGGGCCGGAGCCCCUCCGGUUAUUAACCCUCUAGCCACUCAGUUUUCUGAGAAUGCAGCCUUCACUCUAGCACACAACUUCAGUCUGAUGUUAGGCUCCGCAGGACCAAACAUGACCUUCUUCAACCUCACCAAUCCUGCAGUGGGCGACUGGUUCAUAGCUGCACAUCUUCCCAAAGAUGAUGGUAAAAUUGAGCCCAAAGGCUUAUCCUCUUCAUGCUCCUACUUUUUCCAGCCCCAGAUGUUUGUGAGACGGGUGAUUGACAUGCCUGUUUUGGAGCCUGGUGUUCCUCUUCAGCAGACAGUGUCCUCCCCCAGCAGGCCUGCUGUGCUCAAAGUAUUCAUCCCUGCAUACACGGCUGAGAUGACCCUGCAGCUCGGGGGGUGCAGGACGGGGAACAGCACUGCAGACUCCUGCCCGCUCGUGCUCACCCUGGGCUCCGCUGCCCUCACCCUCUCUUCCCCGAAAAUAAUCAACUGCAGUGGGCAAGCUGAGUGUCCAGCCCGGCUCCACUCCCCUCCAUGGGAGAGCUGGGUCCGGAUCACUGUGGAGAGCCUCAACAGCAACCUGUCCACCUCCUUCCAGAUCACAGCUGCUCUCACAGCUGGAUGCAAGCCUAAAAGUAGCGGAUUGUUCGGUGACUUCUUAUCCAGAUUCAGCGGUGUGAACGGCACUGGUCUUUUCAGCAACGCCACGCUGCCGGUGGACAACGCGACGGCCCUCGUCCAGCCCCAAGCCGACAGCUUGCUGCGCAGCGCCCCCUCUGGGGACUCCUGCCUGCGGAGCCAGCCCGUGUUUAAAGAAGACGUGGACGUAGUGUCUGUGCGCUUCGCUUUGAUCAACGGGCCAAACAUCAGCAUCUCUUCUCAGGCUCCCACUCUCAUCUCCUUGAAUUUAAACUCUGGAGCAGACAGUGGAGGGACGCUGGUUCUGGACCUGAGAUUAAACCAGACUUCUCUUACACAUGGAAAUGCCUCUGUUCUGGUCUGCGUGAAUGCUGGGUCUCCUGUACUGACACUGAACCAAUCACAAAGCUGCACUACUGCCUUCUCUCAGGGUUAUUCUCUCAGAAUGAACGGAACAUCCCCAGAAGCUGCCCUUCACAUCCCUUUCCCUGAGACUGCACUCUGGUACCUCACCUUGCACACAGUGUGCCCUGCAGAUGCCAGUGCGUGUGGAAAGGUGUCGGGGACAGUGCUGGCUUCCUCUGUGCUGAGUGCCUGUGUUAAUGACUGUGGCACCUAUGGGGAGUGUAGGCUGCUCCGAUCCUAUGGGUACCUGUACGCUGCCUGCACUUGUAAAGCAGGGCAGAGAGGAUGGAGCUGCAGUGAUGCCAGAGAAGCGCAGUCCUAUGCGCGGCAGAUGCUGGCUGCCCUCCUGCUGACCCUGAGUAAUCUCAUGUUCAUCCCGCCCAUCGUGGUGGCGGUGUACCGCUACCACAUCGUGGAGGCCUCCGUGUACCUCUUCACCAUGUUCUUCUCAACGUUUUACCAUGCAUGUGACCAGCCGGGCAUCACUGUAAUGUGCAUAAUGGAUUACGACACACUCCAGUACUGCGAUUUCCUUGGGUCAGUCUCGUCUAUUUGGGUGACCAUUCUCUGCAUGGCAAGGAUUAAGGAUGUCUUUAAAUAUAUGCUGUUCAUGCUUGGCACGCUGGUCAUUGCCAUGUCUAUGCAACUUGAUCGGCGAGGCAUGUGGAACAUGCUGGGCCCGUGCCUCUGCGCUGGUAUUGCUAUGAUAGCAGCAUGGAUUUACCGUGGCGUCCGAAGGCGCCAGUGCUACCCCACAACGUGGAAGCGCUGGCUUUUCUUCCUGCUCCCGGGGAUAGUGAGCGCAGUCAUUGGCAUUUCCUUGUACGUCUUUGCGCAGACCGAUGAGAACUACUUAUACACGCACAGCGCUUGGCACAUGCUGGUGGCGAGCAGCGUGGUUUUCCUGCUGCCUCCCAGGGAGAAGCACAAGAAGCCAUGGGGCUGGUCCCAACAAGCCAUCUGUGGGUAUCAGAUCUGUAAGAACGAGCAGGAAGAGGUCUACACUGUCCCCUAGGCUCAUGGAGGGGUGGCGGGCCGCUCCGGUCCUCAAGCAGAUUCCGUUCCAGGUUUUAUAAGGAUUCAUAAAUCCUUUACUCCUGAAGACUGGGAUAAAGGGUAAAGCAGUUCGACAACAUUAAUGUUGGGAUAAAGACCUGGUUGGCACCUCCUGGUUUUAGGCGUUGUUAAUGAGUGCAAAUUCUUUUAUUCUUACUAGACACAUUUCAGUCUCUCUUUAUCUUAUCUGAUUGCUAUCUGAGAAGUUACUUUGGAUGGUGGAAGUGCAGUUUCCUGUUUCUUUCUCUUCUUAGACAGUUGCAAUAAGAUUUAACUGUAGGUGCCAUGCAGGGCUUCAUUUGAAACCCUACUGUGCAUAAUGCACAGAGAUAUGGAUGCAGUGCAGUUGGACCUGUUUGCUAAGUAUACAAGGAUCUGAAGAGACAUUUCAACUUUAUGCAACUGCAGUGGAUUCCCUCCGUUGCAGCCACUAAAAUGGGCUUAUUCAUAGAGAGCUGGUCACUAUAGAAGCAUAUCUUCAGACUGUGUCCGUAUUGAAAGAGGCAGAGCAGUGUCUUUUUAUAAAUGCUACUGUAGUUAAAUAAUGUGGGUGCGCAGCCCUCAUAACUCCUGGCAACGUUCGUUCCAAAUCUUAACGCACUUUCUUGCUGUUUGACAAGAUUCUGUUAUCUUGCAUUCAUGGUUUUUAAAAAAAAAGGCAGCAAUGUUGCUUUGUAGCUGAAAUUGGGGCUUGGAGAUUAUAGACACUACGUCACUGUCUUCAGGAACUGAAAAAAGUAACUCUUGAAUAACCCUCUUUUAAAGCACUUUUGUACCCCCCCCCCCCCUUUCUAAAAACAGAGGCUGUUGUGAGUCUGUUUCAUGUGCAAUUGAGGCAUAGCUUUACACAAUUAUUAAUGCCGAAAGCUUGUUUAAUUGCACAGACCUGCAGGUAUAAUGUUUUAUUCUAUAAGCAAUAUUAGACAGAAAUGAAUAUAACAUCUCUGGGUGAUUGUGUUUUUCUUUUUAGAAGUCUCUACUAAUGCUCCUGCUGCACUAUAAGUAUAUUUAUUGUUGUACUGUACUGUCGGGAUCCGACAGAACUUUUAGAUUACAGUAGCCUUACUUCCUGCUGAGGUCGGUCUAUUAAAUGAAUUGUCUCCAAAGUUCAGUUUGCAAAGAGAAGUUGCUGCUAUUUCUGAAGGUCCUUUUAAACCCUCCUUUUAGUACGAGCAAUAAGAGAACGGGGGUCUUCUUUUUCCUGGAAAGCCUCAUUGUUAGAGGUUUGAUAUUUGCAGUCAGUAAUAAGUGUAGUUUUUGGGUGUGUUUUAUUUUCCUUAGAAAAUGUUCAUCCUAUCUGGAAAAUGUUCCCCGGUGUGUUUGAGAUUGCACGUGUUCACUUAGAAACUUUGGACAAUACAGGGAUACAUGUUUUGCUUUUCAGUUAAACUGAAAUCAGUAGAAGCAUUAAAAACACAAAACACACUGCAGGAGAAGAAGUCUUUAUCGUUUUUUUAAUGUUUCGACAAAGACAGUAAAGACCUUCUAAAUGUUUGUCCAAGAUGUGACUUAAGUUUGAAGUGACGAAUGACUUAUAAUCUUUACUGUUGCAACGCUGAAAA